GAAUGGCAAAUACAUUGCAUGUGGGCAACACUUGCGUGUAUUGUCAUGUACCAUAACCUUCACUCCUAACUACAUUAAACUUAAUUGACUUGCUCAACUCAUCCCCUUCAUUCAUUUCUUUUCUCUCCAAAAAAAAAUCCAUCUUUUUUUUUGCCCUAUCUCAAUAGGGUUUUGAAGCUCUAAUCCCUCUCAUGCAUUCAGCUUUUCAAGCUCUAAAUUGCGAUUUGAUUACGUUUUUGGCUGUUGGGUCUCUCUUUUUUGCUCUCUUUGGAGGGUUUUUUGGUGUCAAACGGUGCGGAUUUUAUCUCCCGGGGUUUUUUGAGCUGUACGGAUGUCUAAGCUCUUUGGAUUCGCUGGAGAUGAUGAUUUUUUCCCUGGGGGAUCAAUAUACACAAACCCUAAGGAGCCGAGCCUCUUUUUGUCCCUUGGUCGCCAUGUGGAUGUGUAUUUUCCUUCUAACAAGAGGUCUCGUAUCAGUGCUCCAUUUGUGUUCAGCGGGGAGAGAUUUGAGCAGAAAAGGCAGACUUCUAUCGAAGUUUUGCCAGAUGAGUGUCUCUUUGAAAUCUUCAGACAUUUGCAAGGAGAGGAAAGGAGUGCCUGCGCUUGCGUUUCGAAGCGUUGGCUUGGUCUUCUGAGCAAUUUGUCCAGGGAUGAGCUUUGCAGCAAGGACAGUGCAGUGCAAGUUGAAGAUCAGGAAAUUGAGGGUGAUGGUUUUCUCUCGAGGAGCGUGGAGGGAAAGAAGGCAAGUGAUAUUAGACUUGCUGCUAUUGCGGUUGGGACAGCUAGCCGAGGAGGUCUGGGAAAGCUUUCCAUCCGUGGAAGCCACAGAGUGACAGCUGUUGGCCUGAGGGCAAUUGCUCGCGGCUGCCCUUCUCUGAAGGCUCUUUCCUUGUGGAAUUUGCCUUCUGUCAGUGAUGAAGGUCUCUUUGUGAUUGCUACCGGAUGCAAUAUGCUAGAGAAGCUUGAUCUAUGUGGAUGUCCUGCGAUAUCUGACAAGGGUUUGCUUGAGCUUGCCAAGAACUGCCCUAAUUUGACUGAUAUAACCAUAGAAUCUUGCUCAAACAUUGGGAAUGAAGGCCUACAAGCUAUUGGCAAGUAUUGUGCUAAUCUAAAAUCCAUCUCAAUCAAGGACUGCUCAGCUGUUGGGGAUCAGGGAAUUGCAAGCCUUGUAUCGUCAACCACUUAUGUUCUGACAAAGGUGAAGCUUCAGGCUCUGAAUAUUACUGAUGUAUCUUUAGCUGUCAUUGGACACUAUGGCAAGGCAGUUACUGAUAUUGUCCUCACCAGUCUCCCAAACGUGAGUGAGAGGGGUUUUUGGGUCAUGGGCAAUGGUCAUGGCUUACAGAAGUUGAAAUCAUUCACAGUUACAUCUUGCCAAGGAAUGACAGACGCUGGACUUGAAGCUGUAGGAAAGGGUUGCCCAAAUUUAAGGCAGUUCUGCCUCCGCAAAUGUGCCUUCUUAUCUGACAAUGGACUGGUCUCAUUUGUAAAAACUUCAGGAUCACUGGAGAGCGUGCAGUUGGAGGAGUGCCACAGGAUCACCCAGCUUGGGUUUUUUGGUUCUCUUUUGAACUGUGGUACAAAACUGAAGGCUUUUUCUCUGGUGAACUGUUUAGGAUUUAGAGACCUAAAUCUGGGAUUACCUCAGCUGUCUCCUUGUGAAUCUCUGCGAUCAUUGACCAUUCGCAACUGCCCAGGUUUUGGUGAUGCUAGCCUGGCUCUUUUGGGUAAGCUGUGCCCUCAAUUACAGCAUGUAGAGUUGAGUGGGCUUCAGGGAGUUUCUGAUGCUGGAUUUAUCCCAUUACUCGAGAGCAGUGGUGCCGGUAUGGUGAAGGUCAAUCUCAGCGGUUGUGUGAAUUUGUCUGACAAAUCUGUGUUAGCAUUGACUGAGCAGCACGGUUGGACUCUUGAGGUUCUCAAUCUUGAAGGGUGCGGAAAAAUCAGUGAUUCAAGUCUGGCUGCUAUUGCAGAGAACUGUUUCCUGAUCAGUGAGCUUGAUGUCUCCAAAUGUGCCAUCUCUGAUUCUGGGCUUGUGUUUUUGGCUUGUUCAAAGCAGAUUAAUUUGCAGAUCUUUUCAGCAUCUGGUUGCUCUAUGAUAUCAGAUAAGAGCUUACCCGCCCUUGUGAAACUCGGCCAUAGCCUCCUAGGAUUGAAUCUCCAGCACUGCAAUGCCAUCAGCGCCAGCACCAUUGACUUACUCGUGGAGCGCUUGUGGAGGUGUGAUAUCCUUUCUUAAACAUGACUUAUAUCCGUUUCCAAACCACGGGGUUCAUAACAAUCAGCCUCGAGAUCUAGUUAGCUUUUGUGGGUAGCCGCAACAUGUGAAGUUUUUGGGUCCAUCCACCAUGGGUCUUCCAAUCUUUUAGUGCCCAGUUUCCUUUUUCCUGGAGUUUUGGCCAUCAAUACCUUUUUUUUGCAGGCUUCCUUAAUUAGGGAGAACCUGUUAAAAGUUUUUUUUCACCCAUAGGGGUGUAACUUUCAGCAUGGCCAGAGCUCCUGAGAAUACAGUCUACUGGGUUCUGUUUCUUUAGCCUUUUUUGUUAUCAUUGUUUCCUGUUUCAGGGUUUUGACGGCUGGUGGGUCCAUGGCCAGCGUCGAGUCAGUCUGUUGAUUUGGAGUCUUUAAUGUUUUUGUUAUCAUGUUUGAAUCAUGAUGAUGGCUCAGUCUUGUUUAGCUCAAACGGUGGAGCUUGAAAGUGCAUUGUUGUUGUGGUUGCUGUAAGCAGUUGGAGAAAUGGUGCCUUGUGGUAUGUGGGCUUUGGUUUGGCAAUGGCAGCAAAUUAUUGAGUCUGCCAUGACAACCUUUCUUCUUCAUGGAGAGGUUUUUUUUUUACCAAAGCCCUUUUUUUACAGGCAUGAUUUCUUCAGGAACUGUGUUUUGCAACCACUUAAUUAUGUAAUGAAAAUAUCGAUCCACCCUUUUUGUUGUAUGCUUCUUUAUUUAAUAAUAUGAAUAAAAUCUAUGUAGUUGUGUAAA